AAAAAUGGUCCGAACAUGUCAGACUUCAGUGACAAGGAAACAUCUUUGUCUUCAGUGGCAAAGACGCGCUCAUGUCGCCGCAAUGUGGAGAUCAUGUUGGUUGUCCACUCUCGUUGGAAGAGGUGAGAGCUUUGCCAAAAGUGGAGCUGCAUGCACAUCUUAGUGGUUCAAUCACUCAGGAGAAAUUGAUCGAGCUUUUGGAGAGAAGAGGCCAAGGUGGUAGUUUUCAGCCCUUCAACUUCCACGGAGACCUGUCAAACGCCUUGCAGAAAUGCUUUGGCUACUUUGCGAAGGUGGCCAGUGUGGUGGUGGAUUUGGAAACCCUGAAGGAGUGCACCUUGCAUGUCUUGGACUCUUUCGCAGCAGAGAAUUGCAUCUACCUCGAACUCCGAACGUCUCCCAAGCAGUUCAAGGCAUGGAAGCAUGACACGCCCUACACCAGGGCCAGGAUAGCUUUCUGUCAAAACACACUCUCACGUGCUGGACACUGUUUUGCGCAUCACAAAGGCAGUGGCGAGAUGUUAGUGGGAUGGAGUCUGAGUGCGGAUCAUGGGCAGAGGAGGGUUGCAUCAGAGAGCGAUUCGUUCUGUGCGGUGUUUGAAAGGUGGUGAAUGGAGAAGAGCUCCCCGGCUUGAAGUUUUUAAAGAAACAUCGGGUGAAGCGUUUGUGCUUUAGUCAAAGUGAUGCAGUUUGCUCAGUCACAAUCUGGAAGAGAUCUCAUGAAUGAAGCAUCUCAUGCUCCUGUUUCCCUGAUCAUCUUCGAGCACAUAAAGCCCCAGGCACCUCACCACGAAGCUCCAGU